GGGCAGUAUAGGGGUUAUUUGAGACAAAGUAAACGAAGAAGUGCAUGGCGGAAGGAGUUACAGUAGUCACCCUGAUGCGGAGAGCAAUAAUAAACGGCACUGACACGAGUUUAGGAUAUGGCUGCAGGCUGUGUAAGAUGGGUGCUAAGCCAUGCAGUGAGAACGGUGUGUGGUGGGAGUCCCGUGUAUACGCCACCAGCCUUAAGAUUUACAAUAAGCAGCAAAAGAUGUAAUAUCAUCGCUGCCUCUUGGAGACAGUCUGCUUUCUCCACUGAAGUACACAAUACAGAACAAACUCCAGCCACGCCAAAGAAGAAAAAGCAAGAUCCCCGAGCAAAUGCCUCGAUCAGCAGCAUCGGCCGUAAGAUCCCUGAGCGUAAGAUACAGGUGAUAAGUGCAGCUGGUGAGAACCUGGGCGUCAUGCACCGUGCAGAUGUCAUCAGAAUGAUGGAUGAGGAGGGUCUCAAGUUAGUGCUACUCAGUGAGCACAAAGACCCACCAGUCUACCAGCUGAUGAGCGGCAAACAGAUCCACGAGGAGCAACUAAAAAUGCGGGAGAAGAAGAAAGCGAAAGCAGUUCCUGUGCAGGUGAAGGAGCUCAGCUUUUCAGCUGGCAUAGCGUCUCAUGACCUCACCACAAAGCUGAAGCAGGUGGAGAGCUGGCUGGAAAAGAAACACCAUGUGAAGAUCACUCUGCGGGCAGUACGUCGUGAAUCUGCAGUUAACCUGGAUGCCACUCUGGAGCAAAUCGUGGAACAAAUGGAAGUAAUGGUGGGAUUUGUCUCAAGGCCAAAAGUGAUACGUGAUGGCCAAGCAGCCGUGUGCAUCCUCCGACCGCCUUCAGCAAAGGAACUGUCACAAAAAGGAAAGAACAAGGCUGCAGAAGCACAGCCUGCCAACUCCACUUCAGAGGCCGCUCAGAGUGAAACGUCUCCUGUUGGCAGCACGGACACAACACAAGGGUCCACACAGCACUGAUGUGACAGAAAUAAAACUUUUUCACAAAAGCAAGUUGGAGUCUGUGCCUACUGCCACAACUUGUUUCGUCAAUCAGACUUUGUAGUUUAAAAGUUUAUAACCCAGGGCAUGGAGGUCCCACGGGAUACAAGACCAGGCGGUCAUGUAACCUUUGGCCAAGUAGACACAAACACAAACGCAAAAUUGCUUAACAGAGCCACAAAAUGACUGUACAGAAAACUGCAAACAACAAAAUAAAAGUGAAACAUAAUGAGAUACAGACGCACAAAAUGUCCAGAUACACAAAAUAUUUCAUGUAGGCAGCCACCA